AUGCUCUACGCGUGUCCAUUUCAACUCAAACUUUCAAGAUGCCUUCAAGAUCUCCAUCCAGAGGAAGACCGCGCAGUCGCUCCCCUUAUUCGGAGCAUUCUCGACCCGAAUCAAGAUCUGUCUCAAGACCUCAUCGCACAAUCUCUCCGCGUUCGCAAAGUCGCAGCCCUCACAGGAAUGGCAGAUACAGAAGUUGUCAUUGAGAAGCUUACGAAAAAUGUCAAUGAAGAGCAUCUGCGAGAAAUCUUUGGUGCCUAUGGCCAAAUUCGAGACUUGGACAUGCCAAUGAACAGACAUUUCGGUACAAACCGUGGAACAGCUUACAUCCUCUACACGUCCGAAGCCGAUGCCGAAGCAGCAAUUGCACACAUGCAUGAAUCUCAAAUCGAUGGGGCAGUCAUCAAUGUAUCAAUCGUUCUCCCGCGCCGAAAGUUCUCCCCAUCCCCACCUCUCGCCAGACGCGGCGCAAAUAUUGAUCCCCGAGGACCUCCAUCGGCAAGCUUUCGAGGACCACCAGCUCCCCACCGCCGCUCCCCACCACCAAGCUAUGGACGACCCGACAGGAACUUCGAUACGUACAGGCCCAGAACCCUCUCUCGAUCCCGGUCACCGAGACGGCAUAGAACGCGUUCAAGAUCGCUCUCGUCUCGAUCUCGCUCUCCACCAAGAAGACGGGGAGGCAGACGUGAUAGCCCUGGUCGCAAUGCAGGUAGAAGGAGGAGAAGCCCGAGUUAUAGCAGCUAUAGUAGUUAUGAUGAUAGAAGUAGGAGCAGAAGUCGGGGUCGUGGAGGACGGGGAAGACGCUAA